AAGCAAUAUACCCUAUCAACUCGCUUUGCAUGUGGUUUAGGGUCUAAUUAGAUAGAGAGUGAGCGCUUGGUGCUUGGCGUUUGGCUCUUUACACAAUAAAUGGAAAACUUUCGUUGACCAAAGUUCAUUUUUGAUUUAUACGGAGACAAUAGUUAUUGUUAUUUAUAGUAGUCACCGGGCCUUCGAAAUUAGAUUUCAGUUCGUUUACGACUGAAUCAUCAAUUCGAACUACAAUUUAACAGCAUUGAUAACAACGGAAACCAAGUUAACUGCAAUUCCAGCUAAAGAAGACCAAAAAUGAAUGCUCUGGUUCCCGAUGUGGUGGAUGAGGCGCCACCGAAGGACAAGCUGAAGGUCACCUAUGCAGCAGAUCUGGUUGUCAAGGAGGGCAACGAGCUUACGCCCUUGCAGGUCAAAGAUGUGCCGCAAGUCUCGUGGGACACGGCUGAGGGCGAUGAGGGACAGCUGCACACGCUGCUAAUGGUCGAUCCCGAUGCACCCAGUCGCAAGGAGCCCAAGUUCCGGGAGAUCUUGCACUGGGCCGUUGUCAACAUACCCGGCAAUCAGCUGAGCAAGGGUCAAACUCUGGCGGAGUACAUUGGCUCCGGCCCGCCAGAGGGCACCGGCCUGCAUCGCUAUAUAUUUCUGCUCUAUCGCCAGAGCAAGAGGAUUGAGGAGACGCUGCACAUAGAUAAGCGCACCCGCGAAGGUCGUUUCAACUUUAGUGCCCGGACUUUUGCUGCCAAACAUGGCCUGGGCGAGCCCAUAGCUGGCUGCUUCUACGAGGCGCAGUAUGAUGACUAUGUGGCCAUACGGAACAAGGAGUUCGCUGGCUGAGCAGGUGUUCAAAGUUUGUCGUUGUAGUCAUCCUUGUCAAUAAAUUGAAGCAUUUGUUGCACUUAUCGCCGCUGCUAUCAGCUGGCCAAGUCAGUCGA